AUGGACCGCAGACCUCCCGAAUACUAUGACGAUGACAAUGACGAGACGCCCGGAGGAGGAAACUCAGCUGCCGUCAGAUUGUUGACAUCUAUGGAAGAACCACUCCCAGAGUCCCGUCCGUAUGUGCUACCAGCCGUCAAAUCCCCUUCUCCUUUGAGUCUUAUGCCGCCUCCGCUGGCCUUGCCAAGCAAGCAAUCUCUGCAAGCCAGCAGCGUGCCGCAUACCAGCCCUACAGAUAUCUCUACUCCGGAGCACUUGGACAGACUCAAGAGGCAGGAAGAAGGACCAACUCCGAAAUUGGUGUCUUUUGCCGAGCCUUCUUCGUCUCAUCAACUAGACUCGCCCGAGCGCACACCUGUUGCCAAAGUCCAACGUACACCCACUGUGAAGUUACAGAAAAAGAAGAAGCCUCGUCAAGUUGUCGAGGCAGAAAUUCUCAACAGCCUGCCCGUUAUCCCCGAAGGUCCAUCCACGAGGAGAAGUUCUCUUCGUGCUCGCCGGGCAUCGAGUGGACCGCGUCCCAAGUCGGAGGAAAGUAAUACUAUUGACAUAGAGAGCUCACAAGACACAACUUCUAGUAUCCGACCAACACCACGCAGAUCUUACCAGCCAUCAGUCAACUCACUGGACUCAUCAUUCCUGGACCCUCCUCACCUACCACCUCCGAAUCAGUCUUACUACCAGCCACGAGAAAGCGGUUCGCCAACUCGUCCUUGGUCGAGAAUGUCUGGACACUCAGACUUUCGACGUGCUCCAGCCUCUAAUAUCCAGUACGAGCCAGCAGAUAUCAACGGAAGUCCUCGCCCAGGAACGCCCUCUUCGCAGUAUGGCGGCAGUCCACGUCGCCCGCUGCCACCUGCUCCUCUAUUCUCGGGUUCUGCCCGGAGCUCGGCUUAUGUUGGGGAUGAUGCUACCGUCAAUAUCCCACUGGAUCCCGACAAUGACGACGUCUUUGGCACGGAUGGAGACAUGGGUAACCAUCGGCAGUCUUAUGGAGCACUGUCCCAGGAAACCCUUAGUGAGGAGCCAGAGACACCCUUCGAUGACAAGUCCAACCUGUACGCACCAGCACCAGAGGGGCUGCAGGAGCGCCGCGGUGUUCGCGCACCUCAGAUGGCAAAGAAGGCCGUUCAGCUGAUCAAUGGCGAGCUGGUUCUCGAGUGUAAAAUCCCCACUAUCUUGUACAGCUUCUUACCCCGAAGAGACGAGGUCGAGUUUACGCACAUGAGAUACACUGCAGUCACAUGCGACCCGGACGACUUUGUGGACAAGGGCUACAAACUACGCCAGAACAUUGGCAAGACUGCCAGAGAGACCGAACUGUUCAUCUGCGUCACUAUGUACAACGAGGACGAGAUUGGCUUUACCCGUACAAUGCACGCAGUCAUGAAGAACAUCAGUCACUUCUGCGGUCGCAACAAGUCGAGAACUUGGGGCGAGAGAGGAUGGCAGAAGAUUGUUGUCGCCAUUGUAUCUGACGGCAGAGAAAAGAUUCACCCCAGAACACUCGAUGCUCUCGCCGCUAUGGGUGUAUAUCAGCAUGGUAUUGCCAAGAACUAUGUCAACCAAAAGGCCGUCCAGGCGCACGUGUAUGAGUACACAACGCAGGUCUCGCUCGACUCUGAUCUCAAGUUCAAGGGUGCCGAGAAGGGAAUUGUGCCAUGUCAAAUGAUCUUUUGUCUAAAGGAGAAGAAUCAAAAGAAGCUCAACUCUCACCGAUGGUUCUUCAACGCCCUUGGCAAGGCACUCAACCCAAAUGUUUGCAUUCUGCUCGACGUCGGAACGAAACCCGGCGGCAACUCACUGUACCAUCUUUGGAAGGCAUUCGACCAGGACUCCAAUGUAGCUGGUGCUUGUGGUGAAAUCAAGGCUAUGAAGGGCAAAUGGGGAUCGUCGCUACUCAACCCUCUGGUGGCCUCUCAGAACUUCGAGUACAAGAUGUCCAACAUUUUGGACAAGCCUCUCGAGUCCGUCUUUGGCUACAUAACAGUGCUGCCCGGUGCGCUGAGUGCUUAUCGAUACCACGCUCUCCAAAAUGACGAGACAGGACAUGGCCCUCUCAGCCAGUACUUCAAGGGAGAGACGCUACACGGUCAACAUGCCGAUGUGUUUACAGCAAACAUGUACUUGGCCGAGGAUCGUAUCCUCUGUUGGGAGCUCGUGGCUAAACGCAACGAGAGAUGGGUUCUCAAAUACGUCAAGGGUUGCACUGGCGAGACAGACGUACCUGUAGAUACUGUACCAGAGUUCAUCUCGCAACGUCGUCGUUGGCUGAACGGUGCCUUCUUUGCAGCAGUGUACUCUCUCGUUCACUUCAAGCAGGUCUGGCAGACCGAUCAUACAGUCGCACGAAAAGUGCUGCUGCAUAUCGAGUUCUUUUACCAGUUCAUACAGCUCCUCUUCACUUACUUCUCCUUGGCCAAUUUCUACCUGACAUUUUACUUCGUUGCCGGCGGUCUUGCUGAGGAAUCAUCUGAUCCUUUUGGACAUCACCUUGGCCUGUACAUCUUCACCGUCUUGAGAUACACCUGCGUGCUCUUGAUAUCGAUGCAAUUCAUCAUCUCGCUUGGUAACAGACCUCAGGGCGCCAAGAAGCUCUAUCUGGCUAGCAUGAUCAUCUACGGCAUUAUCAUGGCGUACAAUACAUUUGCAUGUAUCUACAUUGUGGUGAAGCAGAUCACCUCUUCGGACAAGGUUUCUCUUGGCAACAAUGUCUUUACCAAUCUCACCGUCUCGGUUGGAUCAACCGUAGGCAUGUACUUUCUCAUGUCGUUCCUCUACCUGGAACCUUGGCACAUGUUCACGUCGUCGGCUCAGUACUUUAUGCUUCUGCCUUCUUACAUCUGCACUCUGCAAGUGUAUGCCUUCUGCAACACUCACGACGUAACUUGGGGAACCAAGGGAGACAAUGUCAUGAAGACGGACCUUGGUGGUGCCAUUGGUCACGGCGGCCUCGUCGAGCUCGACAUGCCCUCUGAGCAACUCGAUAUUGAUUCCGGAUACGACGAAGCCCUUCGAAACCUCCGAGACCGUGUUGAAGUGCCUUCGCCUGGAGUCUCCGAGAGCCAGUUGCAAGAAGACUACUACAAGUCUGUUCGAACCUACAUGGUGGUGAGCUGGAUGAUUGCCAAUGCCAUUCUGGCUAUGGCUGUGUCAGAGACUUAUGGAUCGAGUGGCUUGGGCGACAAUUAUUAUCUUCGCUUCAUCAUGUGGGCUGUCGCGGCUCUUGCACUGUUCCGAGUCAUCGGGUCCAGCACAUUCGCACUGCUCAAUGUGAUCAGCAUCGUGGUGGAGGGACGGAUCCGGAUGAGUAUAAAGGUUCCGCAGUGGAUGGGCGGAUUCGGAUCCAAAGUUAGCGAGAAGAUGAGCUCAGCCAUGAGUAGCGUCGGUAGCAGCUUGAGUCGCUAG